UCAAACUGAAGUCAAUAAAACAAGAUGUUGGAGUCAUUAGUUGUUAACCUUCUUAAUAAACAUUUUGGAAAAUAUAUUCAAAAUCUUGACUCCAGUAAUCUUAACAUCAGUAUUCUACAAGGUGAUGCAGAAUUUACUGACUUGCAAUUACGACCAGAGGCUUUGGCUGAGUUAGAUCUACCAGUGGAAGUUAAAGCUGGAUAUGUGGGUCGACUUAAGAUUGAUAUUCCUUGGACCAGAUUAUUUACCUCUGAUAUCCAGGUAUGGCUAGAAGAUGUUUACAUGCUUGUUGGGCCAAUCGCUGACAGGCAAUAUGAUCAUGAACGAGAACGGCAGCUUCAGAAUGCUGUCAAACGACAAAAAUUGGAGUCUUUGGAAAAAUCAACGCUUGAAACUGUAGCUGAUAAAGCAGAACAAGAACCAGGAUUUUAUGAAAAAUUAUCAACACAUUUUAUCAAUCAUAUUCAGGUUUCAAUACGUAAUAUACAUAUUCGUUACGAAGAUACAGUGACCAAUGUAGACCAUCCAUUCGCUUUUGGUAUCAUGUUAAAACAGAUCUAUAUUAAAACAACUGAUGCUAAAUGGAAGCCAACGCAAGCAGAUAAUACUUCUAAUAUGUUACACAAGUUAAUGAGAUUAGAAGAUCUAUCUGUUUAUUGGAAUCCAUAUAUACCAGAACAUCAUUUACUGAGAUCACGACUUAAUACAGAUGGAUGGAGGAAUUUGUUACGAAUUUCUAUAGAUUCACACAGUAUAUUUGAAGAGGAUUUUGAUUUUAUUAUAGAACCAGUCACAGCUCAAGCUCGAUUAAUUUUAAGUACAGAAAAUAAUUUUUCUUUACCUAAAGUUUUUGUUGAUUUUAUGCUGGAAGAAUUAGAAGUUCUGCUAUCAAGACAACAAUUUUUGAAUCUGCUCAGUUUAAGCGAUUCCUUCCAAAUGAUGUCCAUUAAUCAACGAUAUCGUAAAUAUCAUCCUAACGUCCCUCUCAGAGUUAAUCCGAGGUCGUGGUGGAGUUACGCCUACACAUCUAUUCUAGAAGAAGUUAUUCGUCCGUUUUCCUGGGAAAGGAUUAAAGAACAUAGAGCCAAAUAUAAGAAAUAUAAAGAUAUGUAUAAGAAGAGUCUAGAACAACCAGACCAUGAGUCUAUAAAGAGUAAACUGUUGGAAUUAGAAGAAGGACUGGAUGUCACAAACAUUCUGAUUGCCCGAGAACAAGCUAAAGUAGAGUUUACAUACAAGGCACCAGAGAGAGCUCGUAAAAAGAAGAAGGAGAAGAGUUGGUGGAGUUCAUGGUUUGGUGGAGAUGAAGAAGAAAUAGAAGUAGAAAUAGAUAAUAAAGAUAAAGACUGGCUGGCCCAGUUAACAGAAGAAGAAAAAGCUAAAUUAUAUAAUGGAAUCGGUUACGAUGUAAACGCUAAUGUUUUGUCUGCACCAAAAGAGUAUGUGGCCCAUAAAGUACAGAUAGUAUUAAAAAGCUGCUGUGUGUCAUUAGUAAAUUAUAGUAAAAAGAUUCUACAGAUGUCGGUCACUAAUUUAUUAACAUCUCUAGAAAACAGGCCGGGUGCGGAGGCUAUCAGAAUAUCAACUAACACAGAGAGCUUUUCUAUAGAGGGAGCAUCUAUUGAACAUGAACUGAUCCCUAUAUUAACGUCAGAUAUAGGUGUUUAUGCACCAGCAGUAAAUCAAGUUUUUACAUUAGAUUUUCAAACACGGCCUGUCUAUAUAGAUGCUGAUUAUUCUCUCAAUUUAAAUGUUCAACCUGUAGAGAUAGUCUAUGAUGAGCAUUCCAUAUCGGAAGUUGCAGCAUUUUUUCAAGUUCCACAUGGUGUGAUAGAUAUGAAGUCUGCUGCCAUGGAAACUCUACAGAAUUUAGGGCAGUACAGUCGACUUGGCCUCCAGUAUGCUAUAGAGCAACACAAGACUGUCCAUUUAGUGGUUAAUAUGAGAUCACCGUAUAUUGUAGUUCCUGAAUUUGGUACACUUCAUAGGGGAGGUAAUGUGUUAAUUGCUGAUUUUGGUAAAUUACAAAUAGAAAGUGAACUCCAACCUAAAGAUGUUUCAUUAGAGGAUGCUACGAUGUCUGAGAUAGAAUCCAGAUUAUAUGAUCAGUUUAACGUGAAUGUUACAGAUGUUAAAGUACUACUGGCUGACUCAGGAGAUGAUUGGCAUACUGCACAGACCCAGGCUGAUUCAGAGUAUCAUAUUUUACCCAGUAUACGACUCACAGUCGCUUUCUUUAAUGCUGUUAAACAAGAUUACACACAACUACCCAAACAGAAGAUGAUAGCAAGUAUACCUACUCUAAAAGUCAAUAUCUCUGACAAAAGAUUACUACUGCUGAUGUCAUUUUUCCGUAAUUUUCCUAUGCCAACCAGUACAAGUAUGGCUACACUAGGGGAUGAUCUUGUUGAUGGAAUGAUGAAUAUGGUUCCGUCUGUUGUUUCUGUGGAUCUGUCUAAUGCACAAAUGGAACCAGAUGUUUCAUAUUUACGCCGUAUCAGAAGGUCUGUGUUGGGUCGUAUUGUCAUGGAACCAAUCAAGAGAAGAAAUUCCAAGGUUACAGGUCGUCAAUCUCAAGAUAUUCCUGUACUUAGAAUAUCAUCAGAGGAUGAGAAUUUUUAUUCAGCUUCAGAUAAUUCUGAUGAAGAAAUUGAGGAAUGGGCAGAUACUAUAAAGAUCAAACCUGUAGAUGAUAACAGUUCACAACAUAAUCCUAUUAAAGUGUUGAUAAGAAUGACACUUGGAGAAUUUGUUAUCAAUCUCUCUAGGGUGCUUGAUACCACGGACACCCCAUAUCUAAUGUUUCGAUUGGACAGAAUGCGGGUGGAUACAGCGUUAACAGAGUGUGGUUACGCUGUCCAUGCUACACUUGGUGGUAUACAAAUGGUGGAUAAGGUCCAUGUUGGAUCAUCCGGGGAAUAUAUGGAAGUAUUAAACACUCAGUCCAAUUCAGAUCUUGUAGAUUUAACUUACAGAAUGGUAAAACCAACUUGUCCUGAUUUUGAUAGUUUAUAUGGUAGUGUAGAACAUUCUAUAUUAGUAAAGUUUAAGGCCAUGUCAGCCCUCUUUGAUCAAGCUAGUAUGAUUUAUCUAAACAUCUUUAUAAAAGGACUUAUAUCUGGUGUACAUAAUAUGGACAUGAAGACAAGUACUAGUACUGUGACCUCAGACUUCGCUAAUAAAGAUCGUGCUUCCUUUACUCAGAGAUUAUCUUCCAUAACAGGAGAUGAAGUUGAUAAUCUCCCAUCUAAAGGCAUCAAAGUUAAUUUUGUUGCCCAGCUAAAUAGUCUGUGUAUUAAAUUCUCUGAUUGUGAAAGUAGCUUUGCAGAACUCAAUAUAUCAGACUUUCAGGGGCAUGUGGUAUCAAAGACCACAAGAACAACUUUACGGUGCCGUUUAAAAGAUAUGUCUAUAUUAGAUACUUCUGUUGGUGCUAUAUUUCCUAAGAUUUUAAUGUUAGAAGAUGAUAAUAGUGUAUUUGAUUUAAAGUUAAUAAUGUACAAUAAAUCUGAAGAACUGAGGUCAGAUAAUAAACAUAAAAAUGAAGGAAUAGAUUACAGUAUACGUGUUCGUGUUGGACAUUUCCAGACAGUUUUACUGGGUAAAUUCUACUGGGAAUUAGCUCGAUUUUUUGAGCCAUUCAUAAAUCGUGAAAUGACAGAGGCAGCUAGAACAGCAGCAGUAGAAACUGUUGCCAGACAGGUUGGAGAAAUAGAAGAACAGAAUUUACGGAUAACUUUACGAGUUGAUUUAAAAGCUCCAACCAUUCUGUUACCACAGCAUGCUAAAUCUACAGAGAUGUUUUUAUUAAAUCUGGGUGAUUUAAGUAUCAAGAAUUAUUAUGAUUUUACCGUGGUUACACCUGAUAUUAAACAAGAAUGGAAUCACAUCUAUUUAAAUCUUAGUUCCAUGCAAGCAGAAAGAGUACAGCUAUGUUUAGCAGACGAUGUUUGUAAUGUUUUACAUACAGUUAUAGAACCAGUUAGUUUAAAGGCAGACGUCCGGGUUGCUAUGAAACCAGUUGUAUCAGACGUUAGAAUUGAUAUAUCAGGACAUAUUGAUAAAGUCAAGAUUAAAGUCUUAAAGAAAGAUCUACAACUGAUGAUGGCCAUAUUACGAGAGAAUUUUAUAGAAGGGGCACCACAAACAACUAAACAAGGAAUAUAUGAAUCCCCCACAAUGCAGAAUAUACCACAAGUUAGCAUGGAUACAAACGCGUCACCGUCUGUAGAAUUACGAGACCUGACAUCAUCAACGUCUAUCAGUAAAUCAUCAACGAACAUGUUCUUUAGAUUAGAUGGCAUAACGGCUACGUUACUAGAGGAGACUAACAAAGAUCAGAUGACAGUGAAGCGUAAUCUAUGUGGACUAGAAAUGGAUAAUAUCAGUUUAAACGGUGUUUAUCAUAACGAUGGUGAUCUGAAGUUGACCUUUAACCUCCAGUCUAUUGCUGUUAAUGACACAAGACCAGAUAGUAAGCUAGCCAAUAAAAGGAUUUUAUAUUGUGCUGAGAAAAGUGAUGCAACAUCAGGUUUUCCGCUUGUUUCAUUGAUAUAUAAAAUCAGUAGUGAUGGACAUCAAAAAGCUGAUUUAAUGGUAGAGAAACUACAGUUAAAUGUUCACAUACAGUAUCAAUUAGUUCUCAUUGACUUCUUACUUAGUGCCCUACAAUCCCCGAGUACAAUCCAGACUACAGAUUCACAAUAUCAAUCAGUCUCUCCAACAUCUGACCCUACAACACAAACCUCGUCACUGAAUUUCUACGGAACAUUAAAACAACCCCGUAUUGUGUUAUUUACUGACCCAACAAGUGAAGAUAGUCGAGUUAUUAUUAUGAAUGCUGAUGUAGCUUUUGAAUAUCGGACAGAUGCAGAGAAACAGAACAUGUGGUCAAAGAUUUCAAAUCUACAAAUUAUAUCGAAAUUGCAUCUACAUCAACAACCACAGAGUCAGAUUGUAGCGCCAUGCUCUCUGGAGUUUUCUCAGACAAUAGAGAAUGAUAAGGGUGAAAAGAUUAUGAAUCUGAAAAUAUCGAAGAUAGAUGUUAUUUUAUCGGCUGUAACGAUGCAACUUGUCUGGGAUGUUUAUCAGAUGGUGCAAUGGCCGACAGAUACGGUGCCAACUGUAGAACCAGAGCCGAGCAGCUCAGUACAGAACAACCUGUGGAAUAUUAUUCCUAUUGAUGGCAGGAAAUGGAGUGAUGUUAAAAAUACAAGCAUUGAUUCAGAUGGUCCUAAGAAUGUAUUUCGACCAGCAGAGAAGCCGAUUGAGAUGUUGAAAGUUGAAAUAUCAGAUGUUAAUGUUCUGUUUGAAGUUGAGAAUUUAGAUUUGCAUGUCCCAUUAUUAUGGAUUAAAUCAUCAGUAGAUGUUAAAAUAUGUGACUGGACUCUGAAGCUACAUUUAGAAUCUGAAUGUCAUUUAGAGAUGUUAUUUUUUAAUGAGAAGUUAGGUGUGUGGGAACCUCUUGUAGAACCUGUAUUUGAACAUGAAGGAAUUUAUCGACCAUGGGAAGUUCUUGUCAAGUUAAUCAAAGCACCAAGUUUUCCAAUGGCCUGUACGUACGAGGAUAAUGAUCUGGAUGUUCCAGAUGGUUUACAGAAUGAGGUCCAACAGAUGAUGCAUCGAUCUCGUAUGAAAUCGAGUAGUUCAGAAACUGACACAGAUUCAUCAACUGAUAUGACAGUAAUUCGACAUAAAUCAAUUCGUAGAUUACGUAAUGGCAGCAACAGAAACUAUGAUGUAAAUAAUUAUGAUACUGUUGAUGGUAUAAAUGGUGAUGAUGAUGAUCUAGAUAAAUCCAUGCUUUGUACAUAUAUUAUAAUGGACUCACAAGAUACUCUACAACUAAAUGUUACCAAUAAUGCUAUCGGAGUUAUUAGUGAUGUCAUAGAGGCUUUAACAAAACCCAAUUCUUCAUCACUUGCCUCAGUUCGACAUUUACCAGCAUUCCAAAUAGAUAAUAAGUUGGGAGUUCAUUGUUUUGUGACACUACAUCCAGAACUAAAGGUACAUGAAGACAUGUGGGAUAAAGUAACAGUAUUUAGAGGUGGUGUAGGAAAAGAUAAUAGACAACCUGUUCCUGAAGCUGAUACUGAUCUAACUUGUGAUGACGCAGAUGAAACAGAUGGUUUGGUUGGUAGUGCUCUAGCUAGUAUGGGACAUAAUCUGAUUAGUGCUGGGGCAUUUGUGUUUGAUGAUGAUGAUGAUUAUUUGUCAGGUGAAAAUGUGGAUCAGCAACGUUUGAGAUUACAGGUGGAGGGAUUUGAACCAUUACCUACCUUACUACACAAGAGAGCUUGUCGUAAAUUGUUUCCCCUUACUCCUAGGAAGACUGAGGAGAUGAUUGAAAUGGAGGUAAAGCAAUAAAUGUUUCUGUGUGUCACUUUGCAUGUGUUUUGUCAGUCUAUAUUUCAUGUAGUCUAUAUUUCAUGACAAAAGAGUAUCAGGUGAAAUAACUGACAUUCCUAUGACAAAUAGUAUCAGGUGAAGUAACUGACAUUCCCAUUACAAAUAGUAUCAGGUGAAAUAACUGACAUUCCCAUUACAAAUAGUAUCAGGUGAAAUAACUGACAUUCCCAUUUCUAGGGGAGGUUGGGUGGCUGAAUGGUUAGCAUGUGCGCGCUUUAUCAUAAAGUGUGUCAUUGAGUCAACUGGCGUGGUUUCCAUUCCCCGGUUGUACGUGACAAGGAGUAGGGUUGCCUGUCCAACCUCGUGGGUUUUCUCAGGCUCCUCCGGUUUCCUCCCACUGCUAAAGACCCCUACGCGCAAGCGAAAUUAUGGAAAUAAAAUUGAACCAUAUUUUAGUCUCGAAAUGACCUUGUUUGUUCGGGUGAACGUUAAACUCUCUCUCUCUCUCUCUCUCUCCCAUGACAAGAAAUGAAAUGGGGUUUAAAGUCUACCAUUCUGCUCCCAUUGGGCUCUGCAUACAUUGUGCUUUUAGGGGAAUUUUGUCUGGGCAAAGGCACUAUGGCCUACUCCUAUAUCUAAUUACAACUGCCAUGAGAUCUUUUACGUGCAGGCCAAUGUAUACAUGGGUUCUCUGUUUUUGGUACCAUCCGAACGACUAGACAGCUGUCCUUAUCAGGCAUUCCAUCCUUCACCACUGACAUUGGGAUUCCACGCCGGAAAAUCACAAUGAACUUUCUCAGCCUCCCAUGACAAUGGUGGAUAUGUCAAUAGUAUGCCAACGCACCACUACUAUAUGAUAAUGCCUGAAUCAGCCUAUGGUUAAAUACAGAAAGAGUAGUGUUAGUUAUGACAACCAUGCAGUUUCCUAUUUAGAUAUUACAUACCUGCUAUUGCUAGUUUGGUUUUAAUAUAAAAACAUCCAUGUUAGAAGUCCUCAUAAAUUGUGCAUGCUCUAGUGUAGAAGAUCAACUGUUUAUACCAUAGACUGGUGCCUAUUACAGUGUAAAUGUAAGGGAAAUGAGUGAUAUGGAAAUUAAAAUCAACCUGUUUCACAUACAGUUUCACUCUUAAGGUUUUAAAUGUAGAAAGUCAUGUGUAUAUUAGUAUGUUAUUUGUAUAUCUUGUGACUUGUAUGCUAUGUUGUGUGUAUAUUUCGUAUGCUAUGUGUAUAUUUAGUAUGCUGUGUGUAUUUUCUCUUAAUGUAUAUUCUGUCUGUGACUAAUGAUAGAGGAUGUGUUUCUUUAUUGGUUGUAAAAUAUUUAUGUAACAUUCCAUCAUUUAUACUUUGCAUGGUUCUUUCCUUCAACUGUUCCUUAAAAGAGACCUGGAGACAGACAUAAUCCCUUCCUUCAACUCAUUUUUUCAGGAAGGCCUGGCAUCUUGCAUAAUUGCUUCCUUCACUUGUUUAUCAGUCCGGAGUCCGGCGUAAUUAGAUUUUAGUGUGUUGUUAAUUUUUUUAUUACCAAUAUGCAACAACCCUUGUUAACUGAUCAAACAACUUAGCUGCUGUGGACGUAUGUUUCGUUGCCUGGCAUCCUAUCUUUUAACAAGAAAGCCAGGAAACAUAUACAUAUUCAUAUCCUUCAAAUUUUGCCUUCAAGAAACUCUGUAAACCAGUGUCUUGAUCAUUCUAGGCUAUUUUGACAUGACUUCAAUAGUCUGAUCAAAAUAGUGAAUAUGUAAAUGUUAACUGGCUGUCUGACUAUUCACAUAUACAUUUCACACAACAAAUUAUGGGAUAUUUUUCAGUCCACUGUUUAAUAAUGCAUUCUGUAUAUUUUAAAUAUAUAUGGGGAAAGCCGUUUUUUCCUUUUAAGACUUACUUCCCCACUUGUACGUAUUAAGGAGUGGGGUUGCCUGUCCAACCUCAUGCGUUUUCUCCGGGUCCUCCGAUCUAGUCCUACUGCUAAAGAUCCCUUUGCACAAUCAAAUUAUAGUCAUAAACUUGAGCCGUGUGUGAGUCCUGAAAUUGUCUAGUUUGUGGAUGUUAAACCACAUUUCUCUCUCUCUCUUAAAGAUACUUUCCCUUGUAGUAUAAACUGUGUAAUUUGAUUAUAUAUUUGGACUAAAAACAUAUUCAAACUAAUUAAUCAAUCAAAAAUUUGUUUCAAAUCCCUCUCAAAAUUUUGUUUUUGCUGGGAGAUACCUCAAGCUAUAAAUAAACUGUUGUUAGAUGUCAUGUCUGUCACCUCAAUUCAUUUUGGGAGGGUCCAUUUUUCAGAAUGUACUUUUCAUUUCUUACUGCCCAUUUAUCAUACAUAUUGAGGACUUAGUAAAUUCUUAGUUAUUUUCUGUGAACUUCUUUUUCUGCCGUUUAAUUGCAGAGUCUUUUGUCUGUUAACAUCCAUGAAUGUUCUCAAAACUGCCUACCAUUUGAUCAAGAAAUAACAACCGAUCCCUCGGUCAAGCUAGCACACAAUAAGCUGGCAGACAACAGUCAGGUUGCCAGUUAGUGAUACCCUGAUAUUUUUACCCAGUGUUGCCCAUGGGUGGUUUUCGGGUAAUCCAGUAUUUUUCUAGUAAGAUUGGGUGUCUAUAUACUUUCCAUAUUUACCAAAAUUGCCAUAAUUUUAUUGAAAAUAACCACCCGAUAAAUACUUUUGGGACAAUGUAUCUUUAAGACUUACUACAACUCAAUAUUGGACACCAAAACUAGGACUAAUUUGUUCAGAAUCAUUUUGGAGGUUGAACUGAAGACAAUUUAGGCUGGAAUGAUCAAGACC